AUGCCAACUGAUUGGGAUGAUAUAGUGAAAAUCACAGAAAAACUGACGGGAAAAAAUGAAUUUCAAGGCAUUGGACUUGUAAAUUUCAACAAGACUGAGAUUUCUCACUGGAAGCAUAAUUUUCAAGAUGCCACGCAUGUUGUCCUGCAUCUGGAGCAUGCUGCAAACAAUGUGACAUGGGAGUCUCUAUAUCCAGAAUGGAUUGACGAAGAAGAAGAAACUGAAGUUCCCGUUUUCCCUUCUCUACCAAGUCUUGUACCUCCCGGGAUGAGACUAAAUGUCAUUGUUGUCAAACUGCCUUGUAGGAAUGGAGGAAAUUGGUCUAGAGACGUGGCUCGUUUGCACUUGCAGCUUGCAGCUGCUGGCCUUGCUACCUCUUUCAAAGGCAAUUACCCUAUUUAUGUGCUCUUCAUUACCGACUGUUUUCCGAUACCAAAUCUGUUUACCUGCAAAGAGCUAGUUGGACGUCAAGGAAAUGUAUGGCUAUACAGACCAAACUUGAGUAUUUUGAGAGAAAAGGUUCAUCUUCCAGUUGGUUCAUGUGAGCUUGCACUUCCUAUGAGAGGCAGAGAACUGGCUUACAAUGGAAAUGCUCCAAGAGAAGCAUAUGUGACGAUUUUGCAUUCAGCUCAUGUUUAUGUUUGUGGAGCCAUAGUUGCAGCUCAAAGUAUCCGGCUGUCAGGAUCGACUAGAGACCUUGUAAUACUUGUUGACAAGACAAUCAGUGGAUAUCACAGAAGUGGGUUGGAAGCAGCAGGAUGGAAGGUCAGAACAAUACAGAGAAUCAGAAAUCCAAAAGCUGAAAAAGAUGCUUACAAUGAAUGGAACUACAGCAAAUUCAGGUUAUGGCAGUUGACAGAUUAUGACAAGAUAAUAUUCAUUGAUGCAGAUUUACUUAUACUCAGAAACAUAGAUUUUCUAUUUGGGUUGCCGAAAAUCACUGCUACCGGUAAAUUGAAAACACUUACAUGGGGUGGAAUGCCAUGGCAUUUACAGGAUAGACAAUAUCCCUUCCAGCUUCAGAUUUUCUGUGACACUUAA